AUGUCUCAAACACCACGGCUACCGUUGCGUAUCACGCCACCUUCUCGAACUCGCACAACUACGGACUACAAGUUGGCCAUAAUGCUGGGGAUAUCAAGAUCCACUGCCACUACGCCGUGGCUAGAGCCUUCCCUAUUGAUCCUAUUCAGCGCCGAACCCGAGUUACAGAAGAUUGAGGAUGCCGUCAAGCUCUUCGGGCGGCAUGAUCCCAAUGCCAAUGGCCUCAAGCUUGUGUACGACUGGCUGCGAGAUGAUAGCAAAAAUGGAAAGUGGGCUCUUGUACUUGACGAUGUUGAUGACACUACAUUCCUCCUGAACCGCCCUGAUAAAAUUCAGGGGGGUCAUGAAAAUAGCAGAGUGGAUCGCCCACUGGGGAAGUAUCUACCACGAAGUCCGAAUGGAUUCAUUCUAAUAAUAUCACGAAGCAGUGAGGUUGCGUUGAAGCUCGUUGAAACCCAAGAUAUUAUUAUAAAGCUGAGAAAGCAGGGUAAGAAGCAGGAUGACAGCCAGGAUAUUGCUGAUCUUGUAGCAGCAUUGGAGUUUAUCCCGCUAGCAAUUGUUCAAGCCGCGGCAUAUAUUUGUGAUCCAGAUCGAGAUUGGUCGGCACGACAGUACCUACAUGAGCUCCAGAAAAGUGAUUAUAGCAAGAUCCGUCUAUUGAACAGCGAGAAGGCCAGUUUCGUCGAGAGUGGGAGGCUGAGAAUUCUGUUGUCGGGACAUGGCAAAUGUCCUUUGAUAGUAUCUGCCAAAGGCGACGCUCAGCAGCUAACUUACUAUCACCGUACUGUUCCCGCAUGGAAGUUGACGGCCAGUCAGCCGCCAAGAGAACGUGACUCGUUAAUUGAGUGGGCAGCAGUGUUACACAGGGCCGUAGGGGUUGAGGCUGAGAAACUGUCAGUAAAAGCAAUGGAAACUCGGAAGACAUGUCUCGGCCUAGACAAUGAAGACACAUUGUCUAGUAUGGAAAUAGGAGGGAUAAUAUACUUAUAUAAGGGUCAAUUGAAAGAGGGACAGGAGGUGUUUACGCAGGUCAUAAAUAUAAUGAGCAUUGGCGUAUGGGAGGCAAGGACGAUGGAAAGAAGCAGAAGAGUGAUAUAUGGGAGACGAGGGCGAAGAAGAUGGAAAGAAGCAGAAGAGCUAGGUACACUGGUGAUGGAGGCUAGCACGAGAGUGCUAGGUCCAGAGCAUCCUACUACAUUGAUCUGUAUAGCCAACUUAGCAGCGAUGUACGGGGGACUAGGGCAAAGGCGAGGGCGAAGGAAAGAGGCAGAAGACCUAAGUAUACAAGUGGUGGAGGCCAGUAAGAGAAUACUAGGUUCAGAGCAUUCUGAUGCAAUGGCCCGUAGAGCCAACCUAGCAUUAAUAUCCUGGAAUCAAGGGCGAUGGAAAGAUGCGAUGAAGCUAGAUAUACUGGUACCUGGCAUUUACGUACAAGGAGAUGGAAAAGUGACAAAAGAGCUGGGUGCACGGGUGAAAAUGACGCAGGGAAAGAGAACUUGUAAUGUGAUUGGCUAUAUACGAGGUCCGCAACGGGCCGGUCCUUGGCCCAUUCGAUCAUUCAUCUAG